AUGCGUUUCAUUCCCGUCAUUGCGACGGCGCUGCUCGCCAUCUCCAAUGUUACUGGAGCCUCGCCUGCAGCUUCCAGUGGCGCUGCGGAAACCUCCGUAGCUGUUGCUGCCGAUACUGCUAACACGAACAAUGCGAAUAGCGCCAACAGCAAUGAUGCUGCUAAGACUGCCGUGGUGAACGCCCCGCAAGCCGCUGCUACUACUCAGGCUGCGACACAAAACACCGACAACUCAGAGGAGAAUGAUGCUGCCGCCUCGGCUGAUACGGCGAAAGCUAACACGGCCGAUGCCAACACGGCUAACGCCAAUACGGCCAACGCCAAUACGGCCAACGCAAACACGGCUGCCAACAUCGUCGACACUCUUCUGGGCAACACAGCGACAGCCAAGGCUGAUACCGCGACGGCUGCUGCUGCGAAGGCCACCAACACCGCUUCGGCCCAGGAGACUGCUUCCACUGGUUCCUCUACCAAGUCUGACACAUCCAGCAGCACCUCCAGCUCCACCAAUGGCCUCGAGUCUCUUCUCAGUGGUCUCACUGGAAGCGGUGGCGCUCUCUCUGGUCUCACCUCGCUCGGUGAUGAUCUCGAGAGCCUUCUGAAGGGCAUUACGGGUCUGCUCAACCCUAACCUGUUGAGUGAGAUCGAGGAUACCUUCAAGUAUCUCUCCACCUCAUUGGCUCCCCCUGUUGACACCAACAUUCGGGUUCUUCUGUCCAAUGACAACACCCAGGCACUGGGUACGCUAAUCGGAAACGCCGGCAAGCUGCUGAACGACAAGAACACCGCGACUCUGUCCAGCAUUCUUAGCAAGGCCGACAACCUGCUGUCUGAUAACAACCUCAACAACCUCCAGAAGCUGCUCAACAACAUUGACAAGGUUAACGACCUGGUUGUCAAUGCCGACAGCCUGCUCAGCAAGGAGAAUGUCAACAACAUUGAGGGUCUUCUCAGCAAGGCCUCCAAGCUUCUCACUGACAAGACUGUCAAUGCCCUGGAGACUCUCCUCAGUGGUGUUGUCGACAUUCUGCCUCAGCUCAAGAGCUUCUUGACCCCCGCCACUUUCAGCAAGAUCAACACUCUGUUGACCAACAGUGGCAAGUUGCUCACCAAGUCUUUCAUCAACAAGACCAACUCGCUUAUCGAUGCCGCUUCGGAUCUUCUCACCCCGGCUACCAGCAAGGCCCUCAAGGAUCUCCUGAACCAGGUCACCCCGCUGCUGCCCGAGAUCAAGAAGCUCUUGACUACCGAGACCCUGAACGAGAUCCAAAAUCUCCUGUCCAGCGGAAACAAGCUGCUUACCGAUUCUUUCAUCAAGAAGACCAACUCUCUUAUCGAUGCUGCUUCGGAUCUUCUUACUCCCGCCACCAGCAAUGCUCUCAAGGAGCUCCUGAACCAGGUCACUCCUCUGCUGCCCCAGCUGAAGAAGCUCCUGACCACUCAGACCCUGAACGAGAUUUCGAACCUUCUGGGCAACGCCAACCAGCUGCUUACCACCGCUUUUAUCAAGAAGACCAACUCUCUCAUCGAUGCUGCUUCGGAUCUUCUUACCCCGGCUACCAGCAAGGCUCUCAAGGACCUCUUGAACCAGGUCACUCCUCUGCUACCUACGCUGAAGAAGCUGCUCACCCAGCAGACUCUGGACGAGCUCCAGUCGCUGCUGUCUCACGGAAACAGCCUGCUCACCGACGACUUCGUCAAGGAAACCAAGAGCCUCAUUGCUGGUGCUUCUGGUCUCCUGACCAAGAAGACUACCGAUGCUCUUACCACCCUGCUCGACGCUGUUGUGCCGCUGGUUCCAACCCUGAAGGGCUUCCUGACCAAGGAGACCUUCAACGAGCUGUCCACUCUGCUGAACAACGGCAACGACCUGCUGACUGCCAGCUUCGUCAACGAGACCAAGUCUCUGGUUGGAAACGCCGACGAGCUUCUGACCCCCGACCUGGUCUCCGGUCUCAAGGAGAUCCUCGGCGAGGUUACUCCUCUGCUGCCCGAGCUGAAGAAGCUGCUCAAGCCAUCUACCAUCUCGGCCAUCAGCAGCCUGCUGAUGAACGCCAACGACCUCCUCGACGCCACCUUCGUGAACGAGACCCGCCACCUGAUCGACGGCGCCGACGACUUGCUCUCGCCGUACGUUCUGGGUGGUCUCCACGAGCUGCUUAACGGUCUUGUUCCCGUCGUCCCCACUAUCAAGAAGGACUUCCUGAACGAGACUACCCUCAACAACUUGACCUACCUCCUGGGCAACGGCACCACCCUCCUGACCCCGACGUUCGUCGCUGACACUAGCGACCUCAUCACCGAGGCUGGAGAGCUGCUCACCCCCGAGAUGGUCAAGAGCCUGAAGGGUCUCCUGGGUAACCUUGAGGACUCGAUGCCAGAGAUCCAGAGCCUGCUGAAGCCCGAGAGCAUCAAGAAGAUUGAGACUCUCCUGGGUAACGGCGCGGAUCUUCUGAGCAAGUCGUUCGUCAAGAAUACCACUGACAUCAUUGCUGAUGUUUCAUCAUUCCUUCCUCUGAUUGAGGGUCUGUUGAACUCGCUGUAG